ACCACCAGAAAGGAAGAAGAGCUCAAGGGACAAAAAAGUCUGUCCUUAUGGGAAAUCACCAUUCAUCAACAAAGUGAUCGAUAUUAAGACAAAACAGACAUGGGAUUGUGGCUCUUCUUGGGGCAAAAAAAAGAUAUGCUGGAAAUGGUAUACAGUUGGAAAGGUGUUGAAAUUAUUAAGGAGCAUCUUCAAACUUUGAAGAUCAAAACCAGCUUGUACUAUUCAGUUAUUGAUGUUUGGGUCACAAUUUUAAAUGAUUGUGAAAAAUACAAAUCCGAUGAAUCACCAAUGAGGCUGUUUUGCAACAUUGGACGUUUGGCUUUCACCCAUGAUCCAAACAAAAAAGUUUCUGAAACUUUUUCUCUCUUCUCUGAAGGCAUGGAUAAGAUUCUUGAUACAUUUGAUGUAUCAAAAGUUGAAGACGCAGAUAUGGUUUUCUUUUCAAUCACCAAGUCACAGCACUUCUACUUGAUUUGUUACGACAUAAGAAACCAAGGACACUUCAUUAUUGACAAUAUCAAGCGCGAAGGCAGUCCAAAGCAAUACUAUAACAGGGUCCCUGAUAUAUUGCAUUCUCACUUCUGCAACUAUAUCACUACAAAAAACAAUCUUCCUUUAUCUAGAAGAAUUCGCAGAUUCAAGCGAACAUACUUGAACAUGCCUUGGCAGACUACUUACAAUUCCACAGAUUGUGGAAUAUUUGUUAUGAGGCAUAUGGAAACUUUUAAAGGAGACACUAAGAAGUGGGAUUCUGGACUUGCAGAGGAAGGAAUUAUCCAAGAUCAUCAACUCAGAAGAUUUCGCAUAAAAUAUAACACUGCCAUCCUCUCUUCUGGUCAAAUGCAUUUCAAAAAGGGAUUGUGGAUGAGGCAUCCAAGUUAGCUGAACAAGCAGCAACUUACAAAGAUUUCAAAGUUGCAGCUUUUGAAAAGAAUCCAACAGUUCCUAAUUCAAUUUUAAAGGACAAGUUCUGCAAAGAAGAAAGUUGUUUUUGCAACUAAUUUGAACACUAUAUUUGAAGCUGCAGCAGAAGAAGAACAACAGGCCACACAAGAAGAACAAAACAAUGACAAUUAGACAUUUGGAUGUUACUGUAACUCAGAAUUUAAAUCUUUUGCCAAUGAAUGGUUCUAUUUCUCUAUGAAUUUAGCAGACUAGUAAAUCAUAUUCUUUUGCGAAUGAAUGGUUCUUUUGCCAAUGAAUGGUUAUAUCUUCUAUGAAUGCUAGUAAAACAGAUGCAGAUGUCAGCUUAAUGAUAAUAGUGUUUUGAGUUUGCAAAA